GUCUGUAAUUGCGUUUGUACAAAACCACGUUUGCGUUUAGAUUGUUUAAAGAUAUUUAUUGAAAAAAGACCCGCGUGAUUAAAAUGUGUAAAGAAAGUUCCUCCGUUAUUACCGUCCAAGUGGAUCUCUAAGAGACCGUACAACUAACUCCACUCACGGCGGCGCAUUCCCAAUCUGCUGACACGUUUCUGCUUAUCACUCUCUCUUUUUCUUCUCUUCUUACCACACCUGGUUGACUCAACCACGAUUCGUCCCUAAGCAGCCAUGACGACGCCGUGCCGGACCAUUAACGCUAAUGCUAUCGCCGCACCGUCGCCUUCGGGAUUGAUCUUUAACGGGUUUCGUGAUUUCGUCCCGAUUGAAAAGAGGCUUGUUAUAUCAAGCUUUCGUGGCUUGAAACUACCGUCGAGGACGACGAAGACUAUUACGAGCUCUGACUGGAGUUGGAGUUAUAGGUCUCCGGGAAGAUUGGCGUCUGCGUCUACGUCUACGUCUGCGUCUACGUCUACGUCUGCGGCUGUAACAUCGAAUUCUACGAAUAGAUUUGAAGCUUUAGAAGAGGGGAUUGAGAAGGUCAUUUAUAGUUGUCGAUUUAUGACGUUUCUUGGAACAUUAGGAUCUUUGCUCGGAUCGGUUCUCUGUUUCAUCAAGGGAUGUAUGUAUGUUGUAGACUCGUUUUUGCAGUAUUCGGUGAAUCGUGGGAAAGUGAUAUUCCUUUUGGUUGAGGCCAUAGAUAUAUAUCUCCUAGGAACUGUGAUGUUAGUCUUUGGAUUGGGACUUUACGAGUUGUUCAUCAGCAAUCUCGAUACUUCAGAGUCGCGCACACACGAUAUUGUUUCCAAUAGGUCGAGCCUCUUUGGCAUGUUCACCUUAAAGGAGCGACCUCAAUGGUUAGAGGUGAAAUCGGUAAGCGAGCUGAAAACAAAGUUGGGACAUGUAAUAGUGAUGCUACUAUUGAUUGGUUUGUUUGACAAGAGCAAGAGAGUAGUCAUAACUUCUGUCACGGAUUUGCUAUGUAUCUCUGUUUCUAUCUUUUUUUCUUCUGCUUGUCUCUUCUUGCUCUCUAGGCUCAAUGGUUCACACUGAGGAGUUAAUGGUGUUGUCCCAAAACAAAAGAAACUUUGUAUGUGUAUAAUGUUUUAGCAACGCUCCAUCUUCUCUUUUUGUUCAUUAUAUAUUGUUUCUCUCUGACUUUGAUUUUGAAAAAUAUAUUUCUUAACG